UCGUGAUGAUAAUGCGGCGUGUUCGGAAAUAUUUCGAAUUUCGAUGACAAGUAAAUUAAGUUCGUAUUUGAGAACACUUAAAUAGAAUAAGAAUACUGCUGAGUGUUUGAAGUCGACGCAAGAAGAGUUGUAAUUGCAAUAGAUAGCUUGUGAUUACCAUGGCAACUUUACACUUUCAUAGGCUUCCUACGUGUUCUGUGUGUAAUCAUAGUUACACUCGAAAAGAUCCCAGCAGGGGGCGCCUGCAGCACUUUCCGCUGCUGCUGCAGUGUGGACAUACUUUCUGCGAGUCGUGCGUGAUGCGGAUGGGAGCGAGCGGCAGCAGCAGCAGCAGCAGCAGCAGCGCACGGAAGCAGCAGCAGCAUCCCAACAUUAUCAUCUGUCCUACAUGCAAGAAGGUGACGGUGGUCGGCGGCGAACGCAGGGCUACGGUGCUGCCCCCUGACCUCUACAUCCUCGGGAUGCUGGAGCACGCGAGAACGCUCAUCCACGAGGACAGAACGGCGGACGUCAGCUUCCUGUCAGCCGAACAGGACGGUAUUCAGCAACACGACGCGGGGGCGGGCAACGCGAGAAAGGAAGGCGUGUGCGAGAGCUGCAGAAGAAGGGACGCCGCGUUUGCGUGCAGGGGCUGCCGGUCGCGCGUCUGCGGCUUGUGUUUCGACCGCGUACACCGAGGCUCACCACUACUCCGCUCCCACCGGGCCGUACCACUGCAGUAUGCCGAGGGAAUUUUGUCGAAGACGCUGGUUGCGAUGCUGCCGGACUCUCGCGGGGAGGCGGAGCGGUGCAGGGUGGCGGUGCGGGGGUACUUCCACGCGCUGCACGCCGCGGUGCAGGUAGAGGAAGCCCGUGCGAUGUCGCUCAUCGACGCAGCCGUGGAGAAGCAACGAGAGAGACUGCAGGACCUUCUAAGCUAUGAGCUAUAUCUGGUGAGGUUUGGGAACGACGACGGCUGGUACCGCGCUUCCGUCGUCCGCCUCCUGCGCGAUAACGCUGCCACCGACCGCCAGCAGGGGGCGCCGGACUCUACGAGCGACAGCGUCGGCCGCGCCGAGGUCUGGUACAUCGACUAUGGCAACAUGGAGAUCGUGUCCGCUGACAGGAUGAGGAUUGCUCAGAUAAACUUCGUUAAGUUGCCAGGCUUCGCGAUCAGGUGUGGUCUCUACGACAUCGAACCUCCAGUCAAGUGCAUGGGUGCUUUAGAGAUGAUGGGAGGAGACAUGAUGGGAGGUAUUUAG